AUGUCACAGUCAUCCAAGACAAUUAAUCAGAGCUUAGUAAGACCAGAAUAUUUCAUCCUUGUUGGGAUUCCUGGGCUGGAGGACGUGCAGGUCUGGAUCUCUAUUCCUCUGUGCAUUAUGUAUCUUAUCACCGUACUUGGAAAUAUAGUCAUGCUGUAUGUGAUUUUAUCAGAAGAAAGUCUCCACAAGCCCAUGUACCUUUUUCUGUCCAUGUUGUCCGUCGUUGACCUUUUGUUGUCUUCAACCACUUCACCAAAAAUUCUCUGGGUCUUUUGGUUCAGUUCCAAGAAUAUUGAGUUUGAUGCAUGCCUCACUCAGAUGUUCUUCAUUCACACCCUGACUGCUAUGGAGUCUACAAUUCUAUUGGCCAUGGCCUUUGACCGCUAUGUUGCCAUAUGUCACCCACUCAGAUACAACUCAGUGCUUACCAACAACAGGAUAGCCACAUUUGGAGUUUUGGCUGUCAUCAGGGGGUCCUUACUGACAAUCCCUUGUAUAUUCCUCAUUAAGAGGUUAUCUUAUUGUAGCACUAACAUCAUUUCUCAUACGUACUGUGAGCAUAUGGCCAUAGUGAAGAUAGCCUGCUCUGACACAACCAUUAACCAGAUAUAUGGUUUGACUGCAUUAUCGCUGAUCAUUGCUGUUGACACAGUGUGUGUGACUUUAUCAUACACUGUCAUAGCCAGGGCUGUCAUGAAACUUUCCUCCAAUGAAGCUCGACACAAAGCAAUUAGUACUUGUGGCUCUCAUAUUUGUGUCAUCCUAAUAUCUUAUGUCCCUGCUCUGUUUUCCUUCUUCUCACACAGGUUUGGUAACAACAUCUCACCUAAGAUUCACAUUACACUUGCUAAUCUUUAUAUUCUUAUUCCACCAAUGUGCAACCCGAUUAUUUAUGGUGUAAAAACCAAGGAAAUUCAAGAUAAAAUAUGUCUGAUUUUGUAUAUUAAGCAAAAGUAUAAAAUGAGGACAACACAGAUUGCUUCUUAUGUCAGCUCAAAUCACAAUAUGCUCCUUUAUUGA